AUGUUUUCUUCAAGACCGAUUAAUAGUAUGCUUCAACAACAGGGUCAGGGUGGCCUAAAGAAUGCUCUGUCAUUGUUGGCCGAUGAUGAUAUUGAGAACAAGGUGGUUUCACCAAUGGUAUAUACACCAGUCAAGUCAAAGCCAAUACCAACAGCAACAGAGAACAAACCAAAGGCAACAGUCACAACACCUACCAAGUCUCCUAGACGCGGUGGUGAUCUCGCCAGAUCCCCGCUGACCCCUGUCAGAAUACACAACUCUCCUCAGACCAGCUCCGAUGAGAAUGACGACGAGCAUAGAAGAGUGUUAAGAUCACCUUCUGCUGUUAAGAGCAAGAAGUCCAAGCAGACUAGCAACCCAAUGAAGAACAAGAGAAUGGAGGAUAUCAAUGAUCAGAUGCCAGAGAUUGGUUCAAUUGAGGACGUGAUCAAGUUACAUCAAGAGAUAACUGAGAACAGGAACAAGAUCCAGGACUUGCAGGAGCAGUUGACAAACGCCCAAAAAGAGAAGACCAACAUCGACAAUGAGAGACAACAACUGUUGGAGAAGUUGAAGAAGCUGGAUGAGACUCGCGAGCAAGCAGAGACUCGUGAGAAGGACACAAAGAAGGAGCUGGUUGAGAUGGAGAAGAAGUUGACCUCAACCGUCGAGACAUUGCAUCACGAGUUUGAUCGCAAGGUCUCAACACUCAAUGACGAGAGGCAUCAAUCAGACAAGCGCAGCCAAGACACCAUCUCAGUGCUUCGCGACCAACUAUGUCAACUCCACGCUCAAAAUGAGUCCUCCAAGAAGAUGCUUGAGAAGCUUGAAAAGGAGAGUCAGGAGAGCUCGACCAAGGCUGAGUGUGACAAGAAGUUGAUCGAGGAGCUUCAAACAACAGUCCAGACCACGACCACUACCAAUGCCGAGGUUACACAGACAUUGGAGUCAACAAAGGAGUCACUUCAGAAUGUGAGGAAAGACCUGUUCUUCUCCACUUGCUUGGCCAUCAAGUUGAACCAACUUAUGUUGAACGCACCAGCCAAUGUGUGCACUCAGGAUCUUUGGGAUGAGGCUGAGAGCCAAAAGAUGUCUUCUUCCACCUUUACCCAGUUCAUCAGCCAGAAGGUCGUACUGAUGCAACAACAACAGCAACAACAGCAGCAAUCGCCCAUCAAGAAGGCUCAAAGCCCAAGAAAGGGAUCCACAGGCCAAGCCAACAAGGUUGCCAGUGCCAAGGGCACCAGCACCACUACUGCCAACAACAAGAAUACUACUACCAAGAGCAAGAAG